AUGGAGCGGCUGAAAGCAGGCUACGAGAAGUUCAGAGAGGCCAAAGGCCAUCUCUUGAACGAGGCUGCCGGGCCAGUGAUGCAGAAGUUCAUGCCUGUGCACGCGCACCUCGCCCACGCGAGGCAGCACGCCAUCGCCGGCCGUUCGGUCACCGAAUCGCGUCAGAUCAGUGAGGGCGGCUUCGCAUUCGUCUGGCUGGUCCACGAUGCCCAAACCAAUGAGGAGAUGGUCCUCAAGAAGAUCCGCUGUCAGGACAAGUCCUCUUUUGCAAUGGCAAGACGAGAAGUUCAACUGCUGGAGAGACUGCCCCGGCAUCCCAACUUGGUUCAGUAUUUCGGGGACAUUCUUUUGACCGAGGGCAAGUCCAGAGAGGUCGGCCUGUUGUUCGAGUUCUGCUCGGGCGGGCACCUUCUCAACUUCCUCGACAAGCAUGAGGGGAGGCUCUCCGAGAAGCUCAUCGUUGAGACUUUGUCCGAAGUGGUGGCAGGAGUCGCCGUGCUGCACAGCUUUCUGCCACCAGUGCAACAUCGCGACUUGAAAGUGGAGAACGUGCUUCGGGGGAUCGACGGGCAUUGGAAGCUCCUGGACUUCGGCUCAUGGAGCGACGAGCGCCUCGAGCCGGGAAGCCUGGACAAGCCAGCUCUGUCGGCCCUACAGGAGCAGAUCGACAAGUACACCACCAUGAUCUAUCGGCCACCGGAGAUGGUUGACUUCUUCGCGGAGUUUCCGAUCUCAGAAAAGGUCGACGUGUGGAUGAUCGGCUGCAUCCUGUAUACCUUGAUGUUUUACAGGCAUCCAUUCCAAGACGAGUCGCCCCUGGCCAUUGCCAACGCGCGCUAUCCCUGGCCGUCUACACCGGAGCAUUCCGAGAAGCUGCGGGAUCUUACACACUGGCUCCUGGCGAGGGAUCCCUCCCAUCGCCCGGACGCCGCAUCGCUUCUAUCGCUGCUGGUCUGCUUCGACGAGGCAGAGGUACACCCGCCCAAAGCCGUCCUUGAGAAGUCGGAGAAGUUUCGCCGACUCUACGAGCCGGGCAAGUCCUGCCGAGAGCCGCAGUCGCCCAGUGGCAGCGAUGCCCUGGUGGCCGGCGACAGUGAACGGAAGAGGUCUAAACCGCACAAGCACCGGCAGACCUCCAAGAAGAAGGCACAGGCAGAAACGCCGCCAGAUGAGGGCUGGCCUGCCGCGGUUUCUUCCGAGCUUCAGUGGGCCAACUUUGAUGGCUUCCACCAGGAGCCUUCGUCGGCGGGUUCAGCAUCGCCCAGUCGCUCGGAAGCGCCGGGGCGCGGUGCCUGGGCCCACUUCCAGGAGGAACCGACACGGCCAAUGGAGGUUGCAUCGGAUCCUGUGAGUGCAUCAAUUCCACCAGAUCCCUGGUCAGCAUGGAGCAGCCCAACGCACGAGCCCUCCACUGGCUCCCAGUCGCCGGUCAAGGCUCCAAACGUCGUUGUCAAGCCACCGGAGCACUGGGCAGGAAGAGGUAGCGUUACCUCUGAACGGGCAGAUGCAGGGUGGCCCCUCGACUCAGUUGAGGUGUCCGCAUGGCCGGAGCAGGAGAUGUCUGUGCGGCCUGUCUGGGAUCCGACGACUGCAAACAGCCCUUCAAGACGGAGGCUGAGUGGAGCACCGGCGCCGGACAGUCCGAAGAUGUCGGCUUCUGCUUGGCCAAAUGUUGGCAGUCCCAAGGCGGCAGCUUCCGACAUGGUGGCCAGCUGGCCCUGCGCCUCACCCUGGACAAACACCCCUGCUGGAAGUCCUCGAAACAGCGACGCUGACCCGGGCAGCCCCAGCAGAGCACCGUGGCCGGUGACCGCCUCGCAGGCUCCGAGCUGGCCUGCAGAGGAGCGGAGCAAAGCUCCGGCGCCGCCACCGGACCCCUGGAGCUCUGUGCUCUCACCUGAGGGCUCGCCCAAGGCAUCCCGACACGGCCAAAAGCCGGCUUUCGCAUGGGCAGCUUUCGACUGA